AUCUGCAUUACAACGCUGCAGUUUAAAAUGUUAUGAGAACAUCCUCAAGUGAAUGCAGUCAACAUAAUUUACCGUAUAUCACGUGUCUUCUUGAAACUUGAAAGUGAAAGCUUCUGAUUUUGAAUAACAAGUCCAAGGGAUAUACAAGGGCUUAGCGGGACUCACAGCGGGACAUUUUAUCCCGCGAACGCGGUACCGGCACAGCAUUCAAGGGAGAGCACACCUGCCUCCGGUGGUCAUAUCAUCGUCCCACGAGUGAGCGUGAAGAAGUAAGAUUACUGUACAAGACGGUGAAGAUAGAGAGCAACACGAUGACAACCCAACAGCAGGAGGAAGAAAAGCGAUAUGACCCCGGAGACGCCACGCUCAAAUUCGUCAACCGACAGGACGAUUUAGAUCGUAAGCAAUCCAUUUAAUCAAUAAACCAACACUAGCCAGGUAAAAUAAAACAAGAAAAAUGUGGUAUUCAUUAUUACUUGGCCCCAACUAGUCAAUGUCCUCUUCGUUCCUGGAGGAAAAGAGUCAGUGGUGUAAUGUGCGCAGCCCUAGAUGAUGACACUGAGACUCUGAAGGCAGAGAUGUCUUGUGGUCAUGCGGUAACCCCGGAGUCACUGACCGGAUGGUGUCGCAGCCUACUGGACCAGGGUCAGUUCAAGUUUUUGUGCCCUGCACUUGAGGAUGGCACCUUUGUGAAGUGUGGUGCUGAGUGGUCUUACCAGGAGGUACGUAGGCUGGCUGUUCUGACCACUGAGGAGAUGGAGCACUUUGAGAAGACCAUGGCAGCUUUGGCUGCUGCCACAUACUGUGAAUACAAAUCAUGCCCUGUCUGCGAAACCUUCGUAGAGAGAGAGGACCUCACCAACCUCAGUGUCCUCUGCACAGUGUGCACUGCAGACAAAGGUCAGAGGUAUGAGUUCUGCUGGCAGUGCCUGAAGCAGUGGAAAGGUCCCGGGCCACGCUCUGACCGCUGUGACAACGAUGGCUGUAUCAACCAGGACCUGGAACUGCUGAAGAACUGUGAAACCACGUCUCUCCCUCAGGUGGCAGGUGUCACCGACUGCCCCUCCAUUCGCGCCUGUCCCACCUGUGGCCAACAGGUGGAACACGACAAGACUGGUUGUAAGAAUAUUCUCUGUCCAAGGUGCAAUAAAGAGUUCUGCUUUGUGUGCCUUAAGCUCACGGAGGAUUGCUUGGAGACCAGCUCAUAUUUCACAGCCUGCUCUGCUGGUGUUGCCCCAAGGCAGACCUCUAUACCCACCUGGAAGAGAAACUGAAAAAUUAGACACCUCUUAUUCACUGCAUAUUGUAAACUCUGCUUACAUUGUCUCCAACAGAACACGUAGGUAGAAAUCUUGCUCCGCAUACAAAUUUCAUCUCCAUAUAUUGUACAACGAGAGUUUGUGUGCAGUGCUUCAUGGGAAGCAUAAUGUUUUCUUUUACCAUCUUAUAUUAUAAUCUUAGAUAUUAUACAAAGCGAGUUUCAUAGUGUGUAGACUCAGUGCUUUAUGUUAAUUAUGAUUUCCAUAUCAUCUUAUCAUUAUUAUCAUGUUGCUUAUGUGCGUCGUCAUGUAAUGUAAUAAACUACUGACAAAAGUAACAAACUUCA